AUUAUGUUUGUAAAGUUUAGGCCGACUUCGCAUGUAGAGUCUGUUAAGACCGUUUUGAUUCCCACGAACCCGCCACUUCGACGCCGCGUUUCGAUCGUAAGAAGCACCAGCACCACCGAUGGGAGCCGCAGAAUCCACACUCUCAAGCUCACAGUGGCCGGCCGACGAAAUCACCACCGUGUCGGAGCGACCAGAAACCGCCGAUCCCGUCUUGGAAAAGCUCAAAUCCCUUAAAAUUUCGACGCCCCUACUGAGUUCGCCCCCGGAAGAGGGCAGCUUGACCGACAUUUUAGUUAGGAAGCCUUCGUCUUCUUCAGUGCCAAGUGUUGUGGAUCCGAAAGUGCUAUUGGAACUCUUCUCGAUGUAUCGUGAGUGGGAGGAGGAUAAUGUCCAGAAGAUGAGCAAAAGACAGGAAGAGAUAGAAAAUAAAAUAGACGUUACGGAUGCUUUGGCUGCUAAACUUCUUCAACGUUUUAAUUAUUCAGUUUCAGCAAUGAAGACAUCUUCACAACAUUUAUCGGAAGUCCAUUCGUUGCAGGUGGAGAUUGGGGAGCUUAAAGGAAGGUUAACAGAGGUCAUUAGUAACCGCGAUGCACUGUGCCGGAGAAUAUGUGUUGAAGGACCAGAAUCCCUCCGGUCAUCCAUCAAGCCGUUUGCUGUCUGCACCACCGGCCAAGAAAUCCAAUCUAGCUCAAGCUCUUCCGAUCUGCAAAGAGAUCCGGACCGAAGCCUACCCUCUGCCGAAGCCAGAACAGUGGAUGUCCACUCAAAGAAUGAAAUAAUGGGCAAGUUGCCCUUUCCAAUGUCUACUGAAGCUUGUUGCACACCACUCCUAUUUUCUAUAUAAAUACAAACCCCACAAAAGAUCAAAGAGAUAAGUUCACGGAGAAGAUUGUGAAGGAAAGAGAGAGGAAGGAAGAUGAAAGAUAGAGAGACAAAAGAGCUGUUGAUCCAAAAGGUCGUUGGGGCUUGAUCUUGGGAUGAACGAGGAUGAACGAAUCUUCAAAGGCCUUCGGGGCUUGAUCUUGAUGAACAAUUGUGUGGAUUUCUUCAAGAGUCAUUGGGCUUGAUCUUGAUGAACGAGGAUGAAUGGAUCUGCAAGGACCUUAAGGGCUUGAUCUUGAUGAACGAUGUGUGAAUUUCUUCAAAGGCCGUUGGGCUUAAUCUUGAUGAACGAGGAUGAACGGAUCUUUAAGGGUCUUUGGGCUUGAUCUUGAUGAACGAGAGUGAACGGAUCCUUAAGGGCUUUCGGGCCUUGAUCUUGAUGAAUAGUUGUGUGGAUUUCUUCAAGGAUUUGAUGAAGAACAAUGAAAGCUUUCUUGAUCCUUCGGGAUUCUUGGGAAUUUAGGAGGUUGGAUGCUUGAAAGUUUUAGAGUUUCAUAGCUUCAAGGGUUUGGGGAAUUCUCUUCCAACUUGGGAGUAGAGAAAUGUAUAUAUGAAUAGGUCCCCUAAAAUGGAUGAAAUGGCCUUGUUAUUAUAUAAUUUUUAAAGGCCUAAUUUUGAAUAAUUCAGAUGAAAUAAAUCAUUUUUGUCA